AUGGCGCGGCCCAGGAGAAUUCUCUUCUUCACCAACAGCGACUUUGGCCAGGCCAACGUAGUGCUAGCGACCGCGCACGCCCUCCUUCACCACGACUCCCAAGUUGAGGUCCAUAUCGCCUCCUUCCGCGCCCUCGAGGAAGCAGUCCACCACACAUCCACCUUCGCCCUCAAAACCGCCCCCCAUAAACCCCAUCAAGACGCAACAACGUCAACACCCAUCACAUUCCACCCCCUCGACGGUAUCAGCUGGGGUCCGGCCACGUUCCGCCCCGAAGUCGGCGUGGCCGCUACCAACGACCUGACGCCGGGCCUCAUCAACUCGGCCAAGAACAUCCUCCUCAUCCCGGCCGUCAUGCUCCCCUGGCGGCCCGACGAGUUCCUCUCGCUUUACCGCCAGGCCGAGCGCAUCCUCUCCGACGUCCGCCCAGACGUGACCGUCAUCGACCCCAUCUUCACCCCGGGCCUGACGCUUUGCCACCACCUCAAAACAAACUGGCUCGUCCUGGCCCCGAAUACCCUCAAGGACUUUGCCCUCCCUAUGCAACCUAGGCUGGCCAUGUUGUGGAAAUAUCCUUUAGUCUGCUCCGCCCUCCCCUACCCUCUCCCCCGCUCCCUCAUCCCCCUCAACAUCCUCCUCAACCUCGUCGCCGCCUACGCCCUCCUCACCAACCCCCGCAUCCGCGCCACCACAGCCCACCUCCGCGCUGCCUACGCCGACCCAACCAUCUCCCUCAUGACAGCCAACGAAAUGGGCGUGCUCCGCGCCCCGCCCGCCGGCCUGCGCGUCCUCUGCGCCAUUUCCCCGGAUCUGGACUACCCGCUUUCUGUGAUCCCGCCGCAUUUGGUUCCGUGCGGACCGAUUGUGCGCGCUGUUGCGCCGCUUGGUCGCGGGGGGCGCGGGGUUAUGGACGCAGAUGAGCCCGGGUCGUUGGAGGCGUGGCUCACGCGCGCCGGCGCGCAGACGAUAUACGUCAACCUGGGGACGCAUCUCCGAGCGGACGUGGCCGAGGCGAGGGAGAUGGCGGGGGCGUUUCGGGAUGUGCUGGAUCGGGCGGAGGCGGUGGGGUUUGGUGGUGGGCGGUUGCAGGUUUUGUGGAAGCUGGGGCGGAAGACGGGGGCUGUCGGUGGUGAAAAGUUGGAAAGAAAUAAAUUUGAAGGGGAGUGGAAGGGGGUGUGUGAUGUGCUGAGGCCGGAGAUGGAGAAUGGGCGGGUGAAGGUGACGGACUGGGUGGACGCGGAGCCGAAGGCGGUGUUGGAGUCUGGGGGCGUGGUGUGCUCUGUGAAUCAUGGGGGGGCGAAUUCGUUUUAUGAAGCGUUGUGGUGA